UGAAGAUGCAUUCUCAGCCGCAUUAUGAUAUCUGGCAAUCCAGGAGAUCAGACAUCAAUUUACUAUCAUAUGCCUAUUCUACACACAAUUUGAUGUUUAUAACUCAGUCGAUCGAAUGAUGAAGGAAGGAGCGUACAUUAUAGCGUACGUUACGUUCAUCAGGUUACCGUAAGUUUUUUCACUUGGUGAAUUCGAUCAAGCUAGAUAAAUGAAGACUCCUUGAUUUUGGGACUGACUAAAUUAUUUUGACCAAACAUGAACUCUUAGCUUGGUGAAAGCUACCAAUUGUACAGUGUACAGUGUACAGUGUACAGACACCGAGCUCUACGAGUAAGUUUAGUACUGAAAAGAACAAGGACAGUAAGUUUAGUACUGAAAAGAAGAAGGAAUUAACAUCAUACUAUCGAUUAGUAUGCCAUACUACCAUCAAGUGUGAGACAGCAAUAGAUUUGUGUAUACAUUCCCUCAAUCUGCACAACAUCUUCCUCCCCACAAGAAAUGCUCCGAUGCCACAACAGCUCAGAACACCAUCAACCAUGCCUAAACCUCGUACCACUAAGCGCAAGGCGGCCGACAAGUUGGGAGGUAAAGUCCCAUCGAAAGGAGUUGGUCGAAAACGAGUCAUAUCAAAUUCUAAAAGGGUCAAUCCAAAAAGAAGGGAACAAAGCAAAAAUGCCGCCGACGUCGUCAAUACAUUUCUCCAUCUACCACCCGAAGUCCGAGAGAUGAUCUAUCGUCACAUAAUGGUCAAGGAGAAUCCAAUUCAAAUCACAUCACCAAUGGAUACACUUCCAGACAAACAUCCCGAGAAGAAAACUCGCACUCCGCUCAAAGGUGGACUCGCCCUUCUCCAAGUGAGCAAAGCAAUACAUCAUGACGUUGCACAAUAUUUCUACAAGCACAACAAUUUCGUCAUUGGAUCUCCUGUUAAACACGUGCAGCAUGCAGCUCGCUUCAUAAAGAGUUGUAGAUCGAGUAUUAAUCCCAAUCAUCACGGACUACAAUCAUUUCUCACUCGUGUACCACGGUUCUAUAUCAAUUGUAUCAGAGAACUUACGAUUGUCACUUCCGUAGCUAUUUUGACAAGAUCACAUUAUUGUGGUAUUUGGGGUUAUCCGGGUAUAGCCACAUGUCUAGAACACUCCGUACGACAUCAUCUUCCUCAUAGUAUCAUGACACAUUUUCAAAAAAUGACAGUUGUGGCACUAAAACGCUUUCCCAGUCUACGAGUAGCCAAUCUCAUAUUUACGGAUUCUGAAGACGCGAGAGAUGAUGGGCCGGAGUGGGACUACUGGUCUACGGAGAAAAGUCUGGCCAAUUCUUUUGGCAAUAUAUUGCAUCAUGAUAACCUGAGAGAAAUCAACUUGAAAUUGGACUUGAAGGGUCAAGCACCUCAUUUUCGCUUUUGCUCUAGGCAUCGAAUGGAUUCUUCUCAUACCUUUUAUGUCAUUGAGAAAGCAAUGAGGAUGGCUGUGAAGGAUCAAGAUGGUUUAUGGACAUCCCCUGAAACGGAUGGUGAUGAGAGUAGUCUUGCUAGGGGUAUUCUACUUUUAGAGUAUCGGGGUGAAGAAGGAGGUGAGAAUAUAGAUGCAAAUAGGACUUAUUUGUGGAAGAUAUCUAGGGAAGAUUGAAGGAAGGAUAAGGAAAGGAUAAGGGAAGGAUGAAGGAAAUCAGGUAGUAAAUUGAAUAAUCAUUCUAGGGAUAUUAAGAAUGUAAAAGAGGCAAAAAAUAUCUCCUCAAUACCAGUAUCAUGAUGAAUGAGUGUUUAUCAAAACACUAAUUCGAUGUAUACAAACAAAUUAAAUUACCUAAUUAUUAAUAGUACCUACGUAAGGUUAA